CCCCAAUGUGGUGUGGUCUUCACUGCUAGAGUUUUGUUUUACUUCGGCUAUAAAAACGAGUGUACUUCACUCCCACCCCCAGACUCAUACAACUUUUUACAAACAAAUGGCUCCACUUCAAAUUAUUGGCUCUGGUUGGGGACGCACUGGAACUUCUGCUAUGCGCGAUGCUUUGAUGCAGCUUGGGUAUGUACGAAAGCAUUAACCUCCUACAAGUACUGAACUAUGCACUCAUGUAUAAUUUCGUAGCUACGAUGUUCACCAUAUGAUUGUCGUUCUUACCGACCCUACUGCCGAUUCUGAUGUUUUUGUUGAAGCAUGGGAGGGCAAGGAAGUCGACUGGACUCGCGCAUAUGAUAAGUUCAAUGCCGCUGUUGACUGGCCAUCAUCCACCUUUUACAAGCAACUUAUGGAGGUAUAUCCUGACGCCAAGGUCAUUCACACAACUAGAGACCCAGAGAAGUGGUAUAAGAGCCUCAUGGGCACCAUAAUGCCAGCAGCCGAUAUGGAAGCCAAUCCUAACACGCCUCCUGCUAUGGCCAAGCGCCAAGAAUUUGCUAGAAAGGUCUUGUGGGACGGUGAGCUAAAGGGAGCAAAAGACAAGGAAACAUUGGUUCAAAUGUUCAAAGAACAUGACGAGGAAGUCAAGAAGUAUGUUCCUGCAGAUAGGCUCCUGUGGUUUGAGACUGGCGUUGAUGGUUGGGACAAACUGUGCGACUUCCUCGGAAAGGAGGUACCAAGCACCCCUUGGCCACACGUCAACUCAUCUGAAGACUUCAAGGCUAAUAUGCAGAGAAUGCGUGAAGGUGGUACUUUCACCGAUUUUUCACCUGCUAGACAGAAAUGAGUAUAAGACUCUUCCGAUAACUUGAAUAAAUACCCCUCGGGAGUUCUGCUAAUGCGUCGUUAUAAAUUAAAUGUUUUGAUUUUUGUGUAAUUCAUCAUACUCCUGUUUGUAACCGACCAGCAACUUCGCC